AUAUAUAUGAAUCAAGAUGAGAAAUGAAGGAAUUAUAAAGUGGAAGAACAAUAAUAAUAAAUGAUGAACCUUUUCAAGUCUCUUCUUCUGCAUAUCAUCUUCUUCUUAAGUUCCUCCUCUUCCUCCUCCAUUAAUAACACCGGAUCAACAGCAAUACAAUUUAGGAACAUCAGUGAGAUUCCUCAGAAUAGCCAUGGAAUAGCUGGUUAUUCCCAUAUUACUCUUGCUGGUUCAUUUGCCCAUGGAAUGAAAGAGGUUGAGGUGUGGCUUGAAACGUUUGCCCCAGGGUCCCAUACUCCGAUCCACAGGCACUCAUGCGAAGAAGUAUUCAUAAUCUUAAAAGGGACAGCAACUUUGUUUCUUGCUUCCAAUUCACACCCCUCUCACUUUCCUGGAAACCCUCAUCAGAUUCCAGUCUUCCAAAAUUCCACCUUUAUUGUACCCGUUAAUCAUCCUCACCAGUUAUGGAAUACACAUGAACAUGAAGAUCUACAGUUUCUGGCAAUUAUAUCCAGGCCUCCUGUCAAAGUGUUCAUCUAUGAUGACUGGUUCAUGCCUCACACGGAAGCUAAACUCAAGUUUCCCAUCUUUUGGGAUGAAGGUUUUGUCCAACCAAACACCUCUAAGGAUCAUCAUGAUCAUAAUGAUGACCUCUAACUUACCUUAUCUCUUCAACCUGGUCCCACCAUAUAUUUGAAACUCAUAAGGAGAUAGAUGAGAGGAAAAUUAAGGAAAGUCCCUAUACUAGAAUAGUGGGUGAUAUUAGAUAUGUUGGUCUUUUAGACGCAUCUUAUUGUAAUUUGUAUGCAUUUUUAGUUUCAUAAUAAUGGGAAGAUUUAAUAGGACAGAUUAGUUAAUAAUUCAUGUGGUAUACCUACCUACCAUAUGUUAGCUGGUUUAUCAAUAUUAUUUUUAACUUUUAUUUGUA